AUGGCUUCUUCCAACGGCACCCUCGUGGUGAGCAACGAGACCAAAAGCACCUAUCUGCGCACCACCAAGGAUGGCAGGCAGAUUCGCUACAGUCUGCACGUCAUUCAGCAGCCGGAGCGCGCUCGCGCCUGUGGCAGCGGUGCCAAGUCAAGUGCUGACCGGCGCCCUGUCGAUCCUCCGCCGAUUGUAGAGCUUCGCGUCUUUGAGAAUGAACAGGACAUCACCUUUGCCUACAAUGCAAACUUCUUCCUGCAUGCGAGUCUGGAGAAUGCCCGCAACAUGGCACAGGGCCGUGCGCCGCCUGCCACGCCCAGCUUUCCCGUUUUAACCGGCACGCCUGUGGCUGGUAUGGCCUACCUGGACCGACCCACGCCUGCCGGAUACUUCAUCUUCCCAGACCUGUCGGUUCGCCACGAGGGAAAGUACAGGCUGAGCUUCGCGCUCUUUGAGAACCUCAGCGAGGUCAAAGACUUGGAUCCAGAGGACCCGGACGUCAUCUUCGACGGCAACCACUUCGUCACCCACCGCGCUGAAGUCAAAUCGGCUCCCUUUACCGUCUUCUCCGCCAAGAAGUUCCCUGGACUCUCCGAGAGCACUUCUCUGAGUCGCAUGGUCGCCGAGCAGGGCUGCCGUGUUCGCAUCCGUCGUGACGUGAGGAUGAGGCGCCGCGAGAACAAGUCAUCCAAAGACUGGGGCGAGUACGACGAGGAAGGCGGAGGCUACGACCAAGCUAGACGCACUGCGACACCCGACAACUAUGGCCAGCCACCCAAUGUCCCGAUGGAUGAUCGACCCCGCUCCGUUUCAAACGCUAGUAACAGCUCCUUGGUUCCUGCUCGUAGACCAAGCGUGGACGACAUGGCCCAGUCCUACCCGUCUCAGAAUCAUUAUCAGCAGAUGCCGCCGCCCCAGAAUACUGCUUAUCAUCAGAUGCCCUCUUACGCAUCCAACAACCACCAGUAUCAGAAUCAAUACCCGGCUGUGCCCUCCGCCCCUGUAAUGCAGCCGCCUCAGAUUCCAGUUUCGUACUCUCACCAGCAGCAGCAACAGCAACAGCAGCAGCAGCAACAGCAACAGCAACAACAACAUCAACAACAGCAGCACCAGCAACAGCACCCGCAACAACAGGUUCAACAGCAUCAGCAGCAGUACAGCUCCUACCAGAGUCAGCAGCCAAUGCAAAUGAACCAGCCCUACAGUCACCAAUCCUAUCAGCACUCUCACUAUGAUCAAGCGCCUCGGCAAUCCGAGUCAGUUCAUGAUUAUAGCCAUGCCCCAGAUUAUCGUCGCUCUUCCCUCUCCCAACCGUCACAGCAGUACCCCGGCCCCAACCAGAUGAUUCCGCCGUACAACGCCAUGGAUCAGUACAACCGGCCACAGCCUGUCCAGCCUAUACAGACUUCCCCACAAGCACAUUCUGCCAGCAACCUGCACAACACCAACGGCCACGCCUUGCCUAAUCUGAGAACGCUGCAGCCCCCGAUUGGCAGCGAGAAGCUGGAACCCGUCUCACCCUCGUACCACUCGCCGCCUAGCCUCAUGUCGGCUAGCAUAUCGGUCAACUCGGAUGGAUCAAGUCAAAACUACGGAAUGCCCAAAUACAUGCCUCCAGGCCUACCGCCCAUGUCUGCCUCUACCGGGCAAAAGCGCUCGUUUUCCAGUACCUUUGACACGCAGCACGUGAAUCAACGUCUGACGCAAGGCGCUCGACCUCAACCUUCCGGCCAAGGCUACAGCUAUGACAGUUGCGACUCACCGGACAUGGAAGAACCAAUGGAUCGGGCUGCUAUGAGCUACCGCCGAGCUGACGGCACCCAGCGACAACGUCAUGUACCCGAAGUCGCCGUCUGA